GCUGACAGACUUGUCCCCUUAACUGCAUCUGCCCUGGGAAAGGAGCAGGUUUCCUCUGCUUUUGCCCACCAGCAAUGCAACAGAGCUGACUGCUCCCCCUGGCUCUGCCCUGGCUGGAUCUGCAGGGCUCAGCUCACCCCAGGGCUCCUUCUCCUCCCGGUUCCCAACAGGACCGCUCUCCCUGUCCUUUCAGUUGGAUUUCCUGACUUUAAAAGCACUUCUCACUCUCCUGCCAGUUCAGUUGCUUAGGAAUCUGGUUGCCUUUGGAACAAGGUAAGAGCAGCACCUCCGGCCCAGCACCAGCCAGCCCAGCCUCCCCAAUUCCUGCAAAGAAGGCAGGAUAACUCCCACAGCCCUGAGCCUCCUCUGUCCCCCUGACGCAGGCAUGGCUCCCCCAGCUGCUCCUGGCAGGACAGAAUGUUGGACCCACAUUUUCAUCUUUGCGUAGUGGAGGGAUUGGUGAUGGUUAAAGAUGUUCCAGGGUAGAUGAUGCCGAAGCCCAGAGCAGGGCAUCCCAGCAGCCCUCAUGGGAAAAGGGACAACGGAUGUGGCCAGGGCGGGUCACAGGAGCACUGCUUCAGGGCCAACUCCACAGCACAGGGCCACUUCAGCACAGGGGCAUCAGCCACACUGGGGAACAGGAACAGGAACCUACCCCAUCCCAGCGAGGGAAGAACCUCUGCUGUGUGCAGCAGCCCCACACCCCCACUGCUGGCAGCACUGCUGCUGGCUGCGUGCCACCCCGGGACCCACAAAGGGGAAGUGGCUUCUGUGAGGGUCCCUUCAAACAAGGGCGCUCUUGUCUGAGAGAAGGGAAAAAAACAAAACGGGUUCUGAUAACGCAGAGAGCGACCUGCAGGAAAGCAGACCUGCUGACAGAGAUUUUUGCUUCCGGACACCUUGGCCGGGAAGCUGUGGCGAUUGCUUUGCCUUCUUCCCUGACUCCUGCAGGUCCUGCUCACCUCUGGCAUGGCCACACCAGCAAUAGGACUGCUGGUGUGAGGUGGGGUGGGAUGAUAGCACUGUGCCCAGAGUGGCAUCUGCUGUCCCACUGUGCUCAGCAUGAAGCUUUUGCACUACCGCAUCCCUGCCUGCAUCCCUGUUGCUUCCCUACUGCAUCCCUGCCUGUAUCCCUACUGCAUCAUUGAUGCUUCCCCACUGCAUCCUUAGUGCAUCCCUGUUCCAUCUCUGCUGCUUCCCUACUGUAUCCCUGUUGCUUCCUACUGCAUCCUUGCUGCUUCCCUACUGCAUCCCUGCCUGCAUCCCUGUUGCUUCCCUACUGCAUCCCUGCCUGCAUCACUGCUGCUUCCCCACUGCAUCCUUACUGCAUCCCUGUUCCAUCUCUGCUGCUCCCCUACUGUAUCCCUGUUGCUUCCUACUGCAUCUCUGCUGCUUCCCUACUGCAUCCCUACCUGUAUCCCCGCCUGCAUCCCGCUCCCUCCAUCCCCUCCCUCUCACGUUCCCCCCCGCACAAAGCCCUCUCCCGCAGCCCCGGCUCGGCCCCCCCACCCUCGGGGCCGCACUUUGGGUACCCGCACCCCCUCCGUCGCCCCCCGGAGCCGCUCCCACCGCUCUCCGCCUCCGCGGGGCGGUGCGCGGGGUCCCCUUAUUAAGGGGGAGCGCCGCGGGGCGCGGGGGGCGGCGCGGGGCGAUGGAGUACGCGGAGGCGGAUUAUUACUACGGGGAGGCGGAGGAGGAGGAGGAGGGCAACGGGACGGCGUGCGCCUGGCAGGCGGACUGGGAGGCGUCCUUCGCGCUGCUGCCCGCGCUCUACGCGCUGGUCUUCGUGCUGGGGCUGGCGGGCAACGCGCUGGUGCUGCUGACGGUGUGGCGCGGCCCCCGAGCCAAGCGGCGCUCGGCCGACGCCUACAUCGGCAACCUGGCGCUGGCCGACCUGGCCUUCGUGGCCACGCUGCCGCUGUGGGCCGCCUACACGGCGCUGCGCUUCCACUGGCCCUUCGGCGCGGCGCUCUGCAAGCUCAGCAGCUACCUGGUGCUGCUCAACAUGUUCGCCUCCGCCUUCUGCCUGGGCGGCCUCAGCGCCGAGCGUUACCGCGCCGUGCUCCGCGCCGCCCCCCCGCCGCCCCGCGCCGCCUCCGCGCGUCUCCGCCGCCCCGCGGCUCUGGGCCCUCUGGCCGCGCUGUGGGCGGCGGCGGCGGCGGCGGCUCUGCCCGCUCUGCUGCUCCGCGAGGCGCGGAGGGACGCGCGGAACCGCACGCUGUGCGACCUGCGGCUGGGCGGGGAGGGGGGCGGCGCGGAGCGGGCGGCGGCGGCGCUCAGCCUCGGCACCACCGCGCUGGGCUUCGCCGCCCCGCUGCUGCUCAUGGCCGUGUGUUACUGCUGCGUGGGGAGCGCCGUCCGCCGCCACCUGCGGCCCCGCAGAGCCGAAGCGGCGGCGAGGAGGCGGCUGCUGCGGUUGAUCGCCGCGCUGGUCGGGGUGUUCGCCGGCUGCUGGCUGCCUUUCCACCUGCUGAAGAGCCUCUUCGUGCUGGCCGCGGCCGGGCUGCUGGAGCUGCCGUGCGCGCUGCUCGGCCUCAUCUCCCGCCUGCAUCCCUACGCCACCUGCCUCGCCUACCUCAACAGCUGCCUCAACCCGCUGCUCUACGCCUUCCUCGACGGCCGCUUCCGCGCGCAGUGCCGGGCGCUGCUGGGGCUGCGCGGAGCCCGACCGCCCCCCGCCGCCUCCUCCACGCCGAGCGCUCCGACGCAGCGCUCCGAGCUGCCCUCCUCGGGGGGCACCAAGGUGUAGCGGCGCCCCUUCCUCCCAAUAAACGGCCGUGCCGCCCUCGGA